UCCACUUGCAGCACUGUUGCUUGUUGCUUGAUACCUACAGACAGUUUCACUUAUACUUCAACUUGGAUCGCACAAUCCCAGCUUACCACAUACACACACACACACACACACACACACACACAUACACACAUUCCUCGUGCAACAUCAACCCAAAUCCCAUGAUCAUCAAUUCCACCUAGAAACUCUUGAAAGAAGGUACCCAAAAUGGAGACCCUCAACCGCACCUUCAACAACGCCACCACCGCCCUCUGGAACGAGUUCCAACCCCGCGAACAGCAGCAGCUCCAACCGCACGGCGACGAGCCCUUGUCCGGGAUCCAGGGGAAGGGCACAGCGACUGAUCCGUACGAUGGAGGGAACCGCGAUGACCAACCCGGCGCCCCCCGCUCCCAAGCCAACACCGCCGUGAUCCCCGAGCCCCUCGUCUCCGUCACCGCGCCCUCCGACCACGCCAAGAACCCCAAGUCUCCCAGCAACGCCGACGUGGCCCUCAAGAGCGUGAUCGUCGACGCGCCGGCCUCUGUCCCGGUGCAGCAGACGCAGAACAAAAAGAUGGAGACCCCCGACCCGUUGACCGCCGCGGCGCCCACGGCGGCGGCCGAGGCGGCCGGCGCGCCGAGCAGCGGGUCGCAUGGCACGAAGCAGUUGGCUGCGUCCGGGGUGGGGUUGCCGGCGGGCAAGACGCAGGUGUCGAGCUCGGGCGGGGUGUCGGAGCAGCGGGGGAGUUUGCCUGCUUCUUCGUCGGCGAAGGUUCCUUCCUCUGUUGGGGUGGCUGGGUCUGGGUCAGGAGGUGUGGGAGGCGAGACGCUCCCCAUCCGGGAGAAGAAGACGACGAACAAGGAUGAGAUCCUGCAGGAGAAUAGAGGCCUCCCUGCCCCGGAGGGCAUGCAGCCAGCGCAGAAACCUUCUUCCACUGUUGACACUACUGCUACUGGCACUACGACUGCUGGCACCACCACAGCCGGCACAGCCGCAGCGACAGCCGGCGCCCUGCAGACCCGCGACACGCCCGCGACCAUCCCUACCUCCAGCGUCUCCGCCGACGACAAGGCCUACAAAUCCAAGGAGAAACCCACCACCUCCGCCUCCCUAUCUCAGCCCCAGCCCCAGCAGCAGCAGAUGAAACCCUCCGCCUCGGCUACAGAUGAAUCCAAACCCACCGGCGCAGCAGCCACAGCAUCCGACACCGAAUCCGUCGGCCCCGCCAACGAGACCAAGGCAUCUCGCGACUCUACCACUUCCCCUACUUCCCCUACACAUCACGAGACCAAGACAGAGACCGACACCCUCCCCCGCGGCAACAACAAAGUCAGCGAGGAGGCGCUCAAGGGCCCACAGACCCCGGCGCCGCGCGAGCCAUUCGAGUUCGAGAAGCGGCUGGGGUCCAAGGGGGGUCCUGCCAAGCCUGAUGCUAAUGCUGCAGGCGCGGCGGACGAGGCCGAGAAGCACGGGAAGGGCCACGGGCAGGGCAAGCUGGCGCAUUUGAAGGAGAAGGUCGGGAAGGUGCUGCAUCAUGGAAAGUAGACGAUGGCUCACCAUGUUGUUUAUUGAGGCGAGAGCC